GACCCCACAGCUUUCCCCUCCAACCACGGCGGAGUCGGUCAAGCCCACCCACUGCCGUGUUGUCAUCUAUUUGCAGAAGGAGAUGUCCGGCGACACCUGCCUAACAACCCUCUGCCCUGCUUCAGGAGCGAAGCCGAAGAGGUGCAGCUCCAAAGUCGGCACUCUUGGCAAUAAGUAUGUGCGGCUCAAUGUCGGGGGCUCCUUGUAUUACACCACCGUGCAGGUGUUGACACACCAUGACACCAUGCUGAAAGCUAUGUUCAGCGGAAGAAUGGAGGUGCUCUCCGACAAGCAAGGCUGGAUCCUGAUCGACCGCUGUGGGAAGCAUUUUGGAACCGUCUUAAAUUACCUUCGGGACAACACGGUCACUCUACCCAAGAACCGGCAGGAGAUCAAGGAGCUGAUGGCCGAAGCCAAAUAUUACCUCAUCCAGGGCUUGGUGGACCUCUGUCAAGCUGCCUUGCAGGACAAGAAAGAGACCUACUAUCCUCUCUGCAAUAUCCCUGUCAUCACGUCUCCAAAAGAGGAAGAGAGACUCAUUGAAUCCACCAUGAAGCCAGUGGUGAAGCUCCUUUAUAACCGAAGUAACAACAAAUACUCCUAUACAAGCAACUCAGAUGACAAUCUCCUGAAGAACAUUGAACUCUUUGACAAGCUGUCGCUCCGAUUCAACAGGAGGGUUCUUUUCAUCAAGGACGUCAUCGGAGACGAGAUCUGCUGCUGGAGUUUCUUCGGACAGGGGCGGAAACUGGCCGAGGUCUGCUGCACCUCCAUUGUUUAUGCCACGGAAAAGAAGCAAACGAAGGUGGAAUUCCCUGAGGCCCGCAUUUACGAGGAAACGCUUAACAUCCUGUUAUACGAGACUCCACGGGUGCCUGACAAUUCCCUGCUGGAGGCCACAAGCCAAAAUCGGAGCCAGGCCUCCCGCGGAGAAGACGAGGACGGCAACUACGAGCCGCGCGACCGAGUCAGGCGCAUUCACGUCAAGCGAUACAGCACCUACGAUGACCGGCAGAUAGGCCAUUAGGGCCCCCGGGGGCCACCCAGAGCCCUUCCUUCCACCUGGGGGGAGGGCACGUAGCUUCAGCACUGUGGGUCCCCUCAUGGGCCCAAAUCUUCCAGGAGGCCAACUUACAUUUCAGCCACACUGCAAUAUAGUUUGUGAAACUUUACUCCCCGAGGCCAAGUUACAGCUGGGUGGCAACCUUGUGGGUUUGAAGCCAUCCCUUGGCGGUUUUGUGUGGAAUUUGAUGGGCUCCUUUUCUGCCACGAGACUCUUCCUGAAGACCUCCGUGCUUAAAAACAAAAA